AAGCUGAUGGGCAAUUUUUGGAGAAUUGCCGGCUAUCCUGAUCCAUAAAUUACACCCCCGAAUGUAGAAACGAAGCUCAGAGAAAUCUGAUUUGGGAAUCACUGCCGUCAGAUGGGAGUCUUUCUUCGGUCAACGGUCAAAUCUUUUUCCCGCUCUCUUUGCGGCACCGCAACCGUAGACGCCAUCUCCAUCAGAGUGCCCGAACCACCCAUUUCACUUCUAUUUGAGAAGAACCCAAAGCCUGAAUCGAUCAGAGAGUGCAAGAAAGUCCAUGCAAAGCUUGUAGUCUCACAGGCAAUCUCAGAAAUCCAUCUCGCAAACAACCUUUUGAGCCUAUACACAAAAUGUAAUGGUUUAGACCAUGCACACCUCCUGUUCGACAAAAUGACUCACAAGAACGUGGUGACAUGGACUUCGAUGAUUUCAGCUCAUGUUCAUGAUGGGUCUUUAGGAAAAGCUAUGGAUAUGUUCAAAGGAAUGCUUGAAGUGUAUGAGAAACCAAACAAAUUUACUUCAUCUAUCGCAGUUCGAGCUUGUACAGGUCUUGGUUUUCUUAGACUGGGCCAACAAGUUCAUGGCUUGAUGGUUCAUUUGGGGCUUGAGAGUGAUGGAUUUGCGGGUAGUGCUCUUGUGGAUAUGUACUUCAAGAUUGGGAAUGAUCUUGAUGACGCGUGUCGUGUUUUUGAUGGAUUGUUUACUAAAGAUCGCGUUACAUGGAAUGUUGUAAUUUCUGGGGUUGCUCAAGUUGGCGAUUCCCGUAAGGUUUCGAGAUUGUUUUCAGAGAUGCGGGUUGUUGGUGAGUUGGAACCGAAUGAUUUUACGUUUACGAGUUUGCUCAGGUGUUGUUUUUUAUUAAAAGAGGUGGAACAAAUACAUGGGCUUGCUGUGAAGUUUGGCUCUGAAGGUGAUGUUGUGGUGGGCAGUGCUUUGGUGGAUUUGUAUGGGAAGUGCUGCGAUAUGGAUUCUGGCUGGAAAGUCUUUGAUUCGAUGGAGGAGAAAGAUAUGUUUGUUUGGAGCUCAAUCAUUUCGGGUUAUACGAGAAAUGAUAGAGGAGAGGAAGCUAUCAAUUUGUUCAGAGAAAUGUGUAGACAUGGUAUGAGACCUGAUCAACAUGCAUUGUCGAGUACAUUAAAGGGUUGUGCUGAGAAUGGAGACUUAAUGGCGGCAAUUCAAGUUCAUGCCCAGAUGAUAAAGAACGGGUGCCAAAGAAACUGUUUUGUUGCAACUGUUCUUUUAGAUCUUUAUGCAGAUUCUGGUGACAUAUGUGAAGCAGAGAAAUUAUUCAGAACAGUUGAUAUUAGAGAUAUUGUUGCAUGGAACUCGAUGAUCUUGGGUCAUGCUCAAAUGAAGAAGGGAUCUCUCUCUUGCAUCCAAAUGUUUAAAGAACUAUGUCAAACAGAGUCGUUGAAACCUGAUGGAGGCACCCUAAUUGGUGUUCUAAAAUCUUGUCAGAGUAAAUCAGAUCUAGUCACAGGAAUACUGAUCCAUUGCGUGAUAGUGAAAUCGAGCCAAACUCUUGAAACUCAAGUUGGCAAUGCACUAGUCCACAUGUACUCUGAGUGUGGAGCUAUUGAUGAGGCUUAUAAAGCUUUCAAUGAUAUGGUUCAGAAAGAUGAAACAUCUUGGAGUUCUAUUAUUGGUUGUUAUCAACAGAAUGGGUUUGAAUUAGAGGCUUUGCAACUUUGUAAACAAAUGCUAGCAGAUGGGGUUCAUUUUACCAGUUAUAGCCUUCCAUCAUGCCUUGCAGCUUGUUCAAAACUUGCAGCUAUAGAUGUGGGUAAACAGUUUCAUGCUUCUGCUAUUAAGUUUGGUUUUCAUAGAAAUGUCUAUGUUGGGAGCUCGAUUUUAGAUAUGUAUGCUAAAUGUGGGGACGAUGAGGAGUCUAGAAAAGUUUUUAAAGAAGAGCAACACUCAAAUGAAGUAACUUACAAUGCCAUGAUCGCCGGACUUGCACAGCAUGGAAAAGCCCUUGAGGCAAUAAAAGUAUUCAAUGAGAUGGGCAGGAUGGGUUUAAUGCCCAACCACAUAACAUUCUUAGGUCUUCUAUCAGCUUGUAGCCAUGCGGGUUACCUAGAAGAGAGUUUUUAUUUUUUUAAUUUGAUGCAUAGCAGGUACUGUAUCAGGCCAGAAUCUGAGCAUUAUUCCUGCUUGGUUGAUGCAUAUGGUCGGGCUGGAAAGCUUGAGGAGGCAUACCAAUUCGUACAAAAUGAUGGGAGUGUUUUGGCAUGGAGAACAUUACUAAGCGCUUGUAGGAUUUAUGCUAACACAAAAAUUGCGGAAAAAUCUGCCAGGAAAAUCAUAGAGCUUGAUCCCAAUGAUCAUGCUUCAUAUGUUCUUCUCUCGAACAUUUACUCUGGGGAGGGAAAAUGGGAAGAAGCUAUUAAGUUGAGACAGAAAAUGGCAGAGAUUGGAGUGAAGAAAGAUCCAGGAAAUAGCUGGUUGGUGUUCUGAGAUCUAAUUCAUGAGUCCUCUAUGUGUAACUGGAGAUGGCUGCAUUUUGUUUACAAAGGCUUAGCACGGUGGUUGGAAAGCUUGAAACUGAGCUUUCUGGUGGAGAAAAGUUGAGAAUUGAAAUUGUACCGGCCACUCUGAAGAAGUCAGGAAUCCUCCUCUUUUUUA